GAGUCUGAUAGGUACAUACAUACUUACAUCCUACAUACAUCUUCAAGAAAUAAUAACUUAGCCAUAUGUUCGGUAUUUCGAUCGAAGUACUAAAAUAUAAACGCAGGCAUUUGUUAAAAUUGUUUCCAACGUAAAACAAUUUCGCAAUAACCAUUCCUGAUUACGUGCGUUCCUUUGAUUUUACUGAAAUCUCUGAAAGUAUUUUAAUUAAUUAAUCAGAAAAUUCCUCUAAAAUGUCGAAGAUGAAGAAGCUGACAGGGUCAUUCCGCUAUACGCAGUGGGAUCCGUGUCUUAUUAUCUCUCAGAUAGUGGCUAUGCAGUCCCUGAUGUACCUAUGUUUGUGUCUACUGACAGCUAUAAUGCAGGACCUUACUGGUUCAACCAGGACUCUAGAUCAUAUAUUUGAGUAUCAUGAAAUUCAUGUACGAGACAGUGAAGGCCGAGCAGUGAUCACUGCGUUUGUGAUAAAUGCUGUAAUUGGUGCAUUUCUGCUGUGGACUGUCAUUGGACGGACAAAAUUGUGCUUGGACUUCAGUUGCACAUAUCACGGUAUACAUCUACUAAUCUGCUGGAUAUACAACGGAAAUUUCCCCUUUUCAUUCUCCUGGUGGACUUUAAACAUAGCCUGUGCAGCGAUCACAUGCGUGACAGGAGAGUUCUUGUGUCUACGGACAGAGUUGCAAGCGAUACCGUUGACCAAUAUUGGGAGUAAAGUGGACUUAUGAAAGUUGAUGACACAUUUUGGACUGUUGUGAUUAGAUCUCCUUUGUAGGUUAAGAUGUAAUGCCUAAAGAAAUAUAUAUAAUAUAUAGUCUGUAAUAUUUUUUGUAAGUAUUUUUUAUCUUCAAAUAAUAUAUGUUAAAGUUAAAGAAUAUUUAUAAUAAAAUACAUAGGUAUAUUUAGGCCUGAGCGAAAAAGUAGGACAACAGAUCUUGAUCUUUGACUAAGGAAUCAACCGGGAAACGCUCAUUGGGAGAUGGAGCGCGUAAAAGUUAUAUUCGUUGCAAAUAAAAAGCUAAAUGAUAAAAUUAUUCUGAAGCGCCCAAGCUAGCAACGAAUAACCAAUGUAUUUUUUUUGUUAUUGCUUUGUUUAAUCCCCUAUUAAUAUAAUGAACACAAUUAGUUCAUUUUUAAUCAUGCUAAGAGCAGUGUUAAUUUUUUACAAUAAAAAAACAUUAUUAUUUAAAAAGAUGUAGCGUGAGAAAGAUAAUUUAAACUGUUUUAGAACAGUUGUCGGUUUUCCCUCUUUUUUUUUUUUAUAAUUUUAUUUGGUAUUGCUAUGACAAAAAAAAAAUGUGUUAUAGACCACGUGACCACCGGUGGAGGAAAACGUAGGAAACCACACACACUGGUUGACGGGUUUAGUUUACUUGUGUAUGUGCGACUACUUGCAACUUGAGGUCGGUAGUCGUGACAAUGUUUGACAACACUGCCCGACGACAUCGUCAUAUAAAAUGUGACACCAGCCUGCUUCGCUGUCAGCUCUGCGCUUGUAGCAGGAGCGGUGUGUGGUAGAGUAGAAGUGAGAUAUGAUUUUAAAAAAAAAAAUCUGUUAAAUUAUUUUUGCUCAAAGGGCAAACUAAAAAUUCAUGCCAAUGUUUUUAUUGUAUUAAAAAUGGUGUUGAUAUUGUAGAUUUGUUAUUGUAUAUUUGCUGUGCGUCCAGUAAAUUAAAUUCAAUGAAUGUUCUGUCAAUUUGUUAUACCUACUUGUCCCCUUCUGUUGUAUAAUUUCACAGAAUGCUAAAAAGACAUAGCUUGCCUUAUUGCUUCGGUGUGUACCAAGCAUUAAUAUUCUGUAACAGAAUCGGUUGAAGGAACCGUAUUGGGUACUGAAAGGGCUUAAUGAAACGCAAACACGCAUUUCACUUAUCAACAUCGAAUCGAUUCGAAGUGAGAUGCAGCGAACCAAUCGCUGCGGUGUGGUUGUCGUUGCGUAACAAUGGCGCACUGUGAUUGGUUCGCGGCGUCUUACUUCGAAUCCAAAUAGCCAAUCCGCACUAAGGAGUCUGUACAUUUAUAAAUAUCAUAUUAUGUAGCGAGUCUGAAAACAUGAAAAAUAUUUUUUUAGUCGAAUUUAUUAUUGGUAUUUGUGAUACACCAGCAAACUAGCUCGAUUUAUCAAUCUGACAUCAUGAAAAACGACAUUUUGUUCGACGAGGUUUGAUAAUUCAUUAAUUUUAAUUUCAUACCAAAAUAAAUCUAUGAAUUAUUUAUCUGUUUCAAUGUUAACAAACCGUGUAAGUCUCUAACGCAAUGUCGCAAACACGGACAUGAGGACAGUCAGUCAUUAUUGAGUCAUAUCAAAACAAAAUUCGUAAAACGAAACGUAACUUCUACGUUUUUCCUUUUCCAUGACGUCAAUUGCUGCUGUUUUAUAAAUAACCGUAAUAAAAAUAAAAUGUAGUCAAAUUAACAGUUACGUUAAUUAAUAAAUUAUGCAUUAAUUUUAAUUUGAAUUGGUCAAUUUUGUUUGCUUGAACGCAUUUUAUUAACCCAUAUUAAAGAAUGCAUUAUGACCCCGAAAAGAGUGGCGUCUUCAGACAGCAGGACCCAUAGAAAUAUUGUUUUUAUAUUUAAAUAUUGUUAUAGAAAACAGUCAUUUAAUAUUGGAUGAAUAUUAAAUUUCUGUUGAAUUAUGGUGAACCUUAAAUCUGAAGUUAUAGAGUUCACUUUAUAUAGACGAAUAUUUAACAUUUUAAUGUCACUUCUCUCUCAUCUGGGUUUCAGUCGUGGCUGUGAUGCAGCGGAGCCCGGGGCAGCAUAAUUAAUUAAUCCUAAAACUUUAAAGAUUCGGCUGUAAUUUUACAACCGGCCGUCAGCUUGACGUCAACACUCUUUGGGAAUGCUGUCGUUACGUCACUUAACUCCGUAUGAAAUUAAUUUAAGUACCUAUCCAUUUGAUCUGUGAUUCAGUCAGCGUGGGUUCUAUUUAUUGUAAUUGAUACUGAUUUCUAUUUAAUGUAAAUAAAUGAUUUAUUUAUGCCAA